UUUUAAUUUAAUAUUUAUUAUAUGAUAUGGUUUGGGAAAGUAAAAUUUCAGGGAGUAUAAAGGGGCUUACGAAAGUUCUGCUCUUCUACAUUUGCAAUUUUGUCAUUUCACUACGAUUACGGCUCCUUGAUUGUAAAUCUGUACUACAUGAUGUUGGGGUUUGAGGACAGUGGGAAGCUUCUGCGACUCCUCAAUGGAGGAGACGAGAAGGCGUUCGACGAAAUCUUGGCGGAUUUCAAAUCUAAUUUUGCAGGCACACUCCAAUUCUAUGCCUGCGCCGCUUUAGACAUUCUCACUUCGAACCCUAAGGAUAAACUUCUAACUUCAGCUCAGCGGUUGGUUGCUUUUGCAAUCAUUUAUCAGGCAUACGCUUCACAGGAACCUUCAUCAAAUCCUUUCAUUUCUAAGCUUGUUGAUGCAGCAUGUGAUGAUGACGCCGAGAAAUAUGAAAAAGCAUUUGUUCUUCAAUUGUUGGGGUCAUCCAGCAGUAACGGUGGCAAAGAGCUUCUCAAACAAUCUGCAACAGAUUAUAUUAAAAGCUUUGACCUUUCAGUACAUUCCUUUCCGUCAAGGGAUCAUUUGCAGCAACAAUAUUGUGGCAAAAAUCUGUCGGAACCAUUGAAAUCUUUUUUCAAGGACAGAACUGUAAAAGAUGUAUUUCCCGAUCCUGAUGUGCCCCGCGGAUGCAAUAGUGAUUCGGCCGAGUUUGAUGCACCACCUGGGAUUACACCUAAAAUUGGAUCUGGGAAUAGGGAUGAAACUAUUUCUGGAUUAUUGUCUUCUUGUUCUUUGGAGGGACUAGGUCCACAGUGGAUUCGGCCUUCUCCUCCUAGGUUCCCAGUAAUGGAAGGAGAGCUAUUGUGGCUGAAUCCUGAUAUGAACCACGAGCUCUUAUGGGACUAUGGCAUGUGUGCUGAUACUAGUAGAGGAGCAGCAGUUAGAGAUUUAAUCGCAAAAGCUUUGAAGGGUCCACUUGUUCCUGUGCAACAAGAGCAAGUCUUGGUUGAGUUGGCGAAUGACCCAAAGCUUGUAUAUCAUUGUGGACUGACGCCUAAAAAACUUCCAGAUCUCGUGGAGAACAAUCCUAUGAUUGCUGUUGAAGUUCUCAUUAAAUUAGUGAAUUCACCUGAAAUAUCAGAAUAUUUUACGGUACUUGUAAAUAUGGAGAUGAGCCUUCACUCGAUGGAAGUGGUGAACAGGUUGACUACCACAAUUGAACUUCCCACCGAAUUCUUACACACUUACAUAUCAAACUUCCACGAUAUCUUCAUUGAAGUACAAGCAUUCUGCAUCGAGUUCUCCCGGAUAAGAGAAGCAGCUGGGCUGUUUCGCCUUCUUAAAUCCUUGGAAUAGAUUAGAAUUAUCUUUGAUUUUAUUUUUCUCUACAUGUUCACUAUUGGAUAAGCUAAAAUGAAAAGGUGCACAUAUUUUCUUGUUUCUGGAUAAUACCUUCUUUGUGUGAAGGUGAAAAACUUGCAUCCUCGUAGUGUUUUUACCAUUUUUUUUUAGGGUGAAUGCUAUGUUCCAUACUUUCCAAAUUAAAUACCAUCUAAGGAAAGAGAAGUAAAAGCAGUUUAUGUAUUUGUUAAAUAUAC